UUGAGCUACGAGAAUAAGAUGGCUUUUUUCUUUUUAUCUGCCAAUCUUCUUGCUCUGGUUGUAUCGGCGAGUUCUGUGAAGACUUCAAAAGGACAAACGCCAAACGUUGGGUUUGUCUUCACCAAUUUCCUUGCUCACAAAGGCUACUAUUUGAACGUUACAACUGUUGGUGCAGAACUGGUCCAAGACUCCCUUGAGUGCGUUUUCAAGUGUCUGGAGAAGGAUCCAUGUUUGUCCUUCAACCUGGCCGAUUUGGAUGAUAACAUUGACAAUCUGCUAUGUGAACUGCUUCCAUCUGACCAUUACACCCAUUCAGACAAGUUCAUCACCAACCAUCUUUGGUAUCACUACAGUAUUGUGUCUCCUUGUUCGAGGUUGCCCUGUCAGAACAAUGGAACUUGUGUACCUCUGUACCGGACAAACAGCUACAAGUGUCGCUGUACGAAAGCAUACACAGGAAGCCACUGCGAAAACGUUGAUAAUGACUGCAGCUGUUCAUCAGGACCAGAAGGAAAACAGAGAUGCAAAAUAGGUCAGUUAAUAUUCCACCUUCAAGUUAAGGUAGCUUGA